UGGUCAUCUCCUGUGCUGUCUGCAGUCUCUGGUCAUCCCCUGUACUGUCUGCAGUCUCUGGUCAUCCCCUGUACUGUCUGCAGUCUCUGGUCAUCUCCUGUACUGUGUCCGCAGUCUCUGGUCAUCUCCUGUGUUGUCUGCAGUCUCUGGUCAUCUCCUGUACUGUCUGCAGUCUCUGGUCAUCUCCUGUACUAUGUCCGCAGUCUUUGGCCAUCUCCUCCUGUACUGUGUCCGCAGUCUCUGGCCAUCUCCUGUACUGUGUCCGCAGUCUCUGGUCAUCUCCUGUACUGUGUCCGCAGUCUCUGGCCAUCUCCUGUACUGUGUCCACAGACUCUGGUCAUCCCCUGUACUACGUCCGCAGUCUCUGGUCAUCUCCUGUACUGUGUCCACAGUCUCUGGUCAUCUUCUGUACUGUGUCCGAUGUCUCUGGUCAUCUCCUGUACUAUGUCCGCAGUUUCUGGUCAUCUCCUAUACUACGUCCGCAGU